AUGCCACCCGCUCGAACAGACAUAGAGUCGCCCAACCACGACGAAAAGUCUGUGCUCCGUCGCAACUCAAGCCAUGGCGACAACUCGGCCAACUUCACCAAUGAGCGGAAGCCAUCGACAGCGGCUCUCCUACGCAACCCCUUGAUCGGGAUGACCAGGGAGCAACUCAUUGCCGAUGCCGACGCCUUCGUGGACGAAAAGGGCCUGGGCGAGUAUCGGGAGGCCUUUCGCAAGGGAGCCUUGAUCGCUCAGGUCAUGAACACGAGCGGCGGCUUCGAGCACGUCCAUCUUCUCAAUGAGGAGGAAAAGACGGUGCUGCGACGGGAAAUCACCAAUAAAUGGAGCCAGCCAUUCAUGCUCUACUUUCUUUGCACUCUCUGCGCCGGUUCAGCCAUUGUGCAAGGAAUGGACCAAACAGCCGUAAACGGCGCACAGGAAUUCUACUACGAGGAGUUUGGCUUGAGAGACCCCCUGUUGCAAGGUCUGAUGAACGGCGCUCCGUACCUCUGUUCCGCACUCAUCGGGUGCUGGACGAACCCGAUCCUGAACAAAAUCGGCGGCCGGAGAUUCACCAUCUUCAUCUCGUGCUUCAUGUCGGUUGUCACGGGCUUCUGGAUGGCCGUCGCCGAUUCGUUUGGCAACUUGCUCGCGGCUCGAUUCGUGCUCGGCUUUGCCGUGGGCGCAAAGUCGAGCACUACGCCCGUGUACUCUGCCGAAUCCACGCCCAAGACGAUACGGGGAGCGCUCACCAUGAUGUGGCAGAUGUGGACGGCGUUUGGGAUCUGUCUCGGCUUCGUGGUCUCGGUGGCCUUCCAGCACACCGAUUUCCUGGGGCGAAACUCCCAGUGGAGGUGGAUGCUUGGCUCGACCUCGAUCCCGCCUCUGAUUGUCAUGCUGCAGGUGUAUUUCUGUCCGGAAAGCCCGAGGUGGUACAUGGAGAAGGGCAAAUACGACAAGGCGCUCAAGUCGCUGCUGCGUCUGCGGCAUCACCCUGUGCAGGCGACCCGGGACAUGUACUAUGCGUAUAAGCUUCUUGAGAUUGAGAAGAAGGAGAGGGAGGGACGGAAUCUUCUCAAGGAGUUUUUCACCGUGAGGCGGAAUCGCCGUGCGGCUCAGAGCGCAUGGUUCACGAUGUUUAUGCAACAAUUCUGCGGAGUAAAUGUCAUUGCCUACUACUCGACCAGCAUUUUCCAAAAUGCCGGCUACGAUCGCUCUCAAGCUCUCCUGGCGUCCAUGGGAGGGGGGUUGAUCAAUUGGAUAUUCGCCAUUCCGGCCAUCUACACCAUCGACACGUUUGGUCGCCGCAACCUCUUGCUCACCACGUUUCCUCUGAUGGCCUUGUGUCUCUUAUUUACCGGCUUCUCCUUCUACAUCCCCGGUCGCGCUCAGUUGGCUUGUGUCACGACGGGCUUGUACCUCUUCAUGGUUGUCUAUUCGCCAGGCGAGGGACCGGUGCCGUUUACAUACAGCGCCGAGGCGUUUCCCCUGCAUAUCCGCGAUAUCGGCAUGUCCUCCAGCACGGCAGUGACAUGGGGCUUCAACUUCAUCAUCAGCUUUAGCUGGCCGUCUCUUGUUGAGGCCUACGGCAACACUGGCGCAUUCUGCUGGUACGCCGCUUGGAACUUGCUGGGCUGGGUCUUUGCCUACUUCUUCUUGCCCGAGACCAAGAACCUCACGCUGGAAGAGCUCGACAGUGUCUUUAGUAUGAAAAACAGGGAGCACGGCGGGUACUACCUCCGCAAGCUGCCCUGGUACCUCAACAAGCACGUCCUUGGACGAGACGUUGCUCCAUUCCCGCCGUUGUAUCAGUUUGCUGAAGAUCAGUCUCUGCCGAACGACAAAACGGAGUCUGUUUCUGUCACUCAACAUAAGGAGGCGCCGUCUGGCCCAGCCCCGACCGAAGGUACCGUGGUGACAGGCAAAUAG